AUGAAGACCGCCGCCUUCAUCGCCGUCGUCCUCUCCGGCCUCGCCCUCGCCGCGCCCACCGUCCAGCACGCCGGCGAGGAGUGGAAGGACCUGACUCACCUCAAGUACGCCAACUCGAAGCCCAUUGCUCUCGCCGACUCCAAGGCGGAGAAGCGCGCCGCCGCGGCCGUCCCCGUCAAGGACAACCGCAACCUGCACUACUCCAACGACAUGCCCAUCGCCAAGAAGCCCUCUUCCGCAUAG